AUGGGGGGUUCACUUGCAAAUAAUCCCGCGUUAGGCGCAAUCCUCACCACAAUUUUUGGAUUGGGAGCUGUCUUCAUUGGAGGGAUAGUUUAUGUGAAAUGGUACAAAAUGAAUGUUUUGUACAAGAUUGAACGUGCCUUUGCGCCAGGAUAUGACCCAGCUUUGGAACUCGCAAAGGCUCACACCACUAAAAAGCAUCCAGGCGAACAUGAUAAACAUGACUUGGAACAAGACUUGAUAGACCGGAUUGUUCAUGGGGAGGAAGCAGGACACUAUUUCAUGCUUCUUGGGCCUAAGGGCUCGGGAAAAGGUACCAUGAUCUUUGACUCUAUGGCUGCAUGUCAAGCCGAUGGAGUGUCGAUGUGCGACGCCCACCCAGAUCUUGAGGUGUUUAGGUUACGACUAGGCAAGGCCUUGAAUUUCGAGUUCAACGAAGAUACCCAGACGGGGCUGUUCCAACGACGUGAUCCUCGGGAAGGUGGACCUGCUUUGGACAUCGAGCGAGCCAUGAACAAGCUAGAGAAGGUGGCCCUUCGUUCUGCGCAGACGAGAGGUCGCCCUUGGGUCUUGAUCAUCAACAAUAUCCAUUACUUUCAAAAUGAUGAAGCAGGGAGAAAUAUGAUCCUUCAACUGCAGCAAAAAGCAGAAGCAUGGGCGGCAAGUGGUAUUUUGACGCUUGUUUUCAGCUCCGAUGACUUCUGGCCAUUUCAUGUCAUGCGGAAGAACGGGAGUCGGAUGCACGUCAUUUCCAUCUAUGAUCUCGACACAAGGGAGGCUCGGCAUGCCGCUACUCGUAUACGGAAAAGUACUGGGCGUUUGGUGGAAGAUCCGGAAACUGUUCAACACGCCGUCAAUCUCGUCGGCGGAAGGUUGUCGUACUUGAACAAGGUAGUCUCAAAAGCUGAGGAUAUGAUUGUGAUGGCGAAACAUAUGCUUCAGGUGGAGCAGGGAUGGCUUCUCAGUCAAAUCGGUUUGAUACCCGAUUGUGACGACGACGUGAUGGAUGAGCAAAAAUGGAGCUCAUGUUCAUGGCUACUGCUCCGCGAGUUCGUAAAACUGAGGCAAGAGCAAGAAAAAGAGCGAGAAGUCAAAAUUUCUGCUGGCGAAGUGGACAGUGAAGAAGCCCUCCCACUUCCUUCGUUACCCUAUUGGAAGUGUCGCGAAAUUAUGACACGAGCUGACUUUCUAGAAGAAUUAGAUCGCCUUAAUAUCAUUGCUAUCGACAUUCAUCACGACGUUCGACCUGAUUCUAUGCUCAUUCUCCAAGCAGCGCAGGAAGUUGUUAAAGGGGAUGGGUUUGACGACGUCUUGGACGGGGUCAGAAGUCGUAUAGACGAGAUUGAGAGUUUACACAGAACUCGAGAGCUUACAGUUCGCAAUCUCUUCUUGACCGUUAACCCUUUCGGCUGA